AUGCGUAUCCUUGUCUGUUGGGCAGUUGGGGUGAAGAAGGGUCGAAUGAUGGCGCCUCCGUUGAUUUUCUGCCUAUACGUUCUUUCUGAAAUUAUUGACCGUUUCCUUUUCUUUAUACCUGAUUGCUCAUCCUUCGUGUGGCAUAUUUUUUUUCGCUUUAAAUAUUUUGGUAGGACAUUAAUAGACGGUACUAUCUGCUAUUGGUGGAGUUCUAAGGUAGCUGUAGUUAUGGACGCCGCAGAUGCCACCGGAGGGGGCAGCGUAAAGCCAUUGGCUGAAUUAAUUCAGCUAAUCCGUGUCCGCGGUGGCGUUACAAAGGAGUGUGCACGCCCUAGGCGUACUAACGAUCAUUCGAAUGACCUUUGCGCUGUACCCUUUUCGUUACCUGUGUGGAAAAGGGCGCGAGGUCACAGUCCCCCAAGGGCCGCUUUACCAGUGAAGGAGUCGGUGUCAAGGCGACCUGAACUGUCAACAACAGUGAGAAGACGACGACGACGAAUGGAAGGUUGCCAUGCGGUGACUACGAGAAAUGUUUCUACCUGUUCGGCUGACUUUCAGAUUAUGGAAAAAUUAUCAGUUGGGGCGUAUCACUUGACGUACGUGCACGUCGAUCUUUAUCAUCACGGGUUGAAACGUCUGAUGGACGAUGCGGUGCUUAGGACAAACCCGAAGAAAAUCGUUGGACGCAAGUGCUGCUAUUUAAAACCCGGCACAGAUCUUGUGGUGACUGGUUGCGUAAUUGAAUUCACUAAGAAUGAUCUAUCUGUGCAAGUGGCCCCGGAUAAGGGCAUUGACGUGGACGUGGAGUGGGUGAAGUUGGAGGAUGUUUACGUCCCGGAAAACAUUGAUAAAGUGAGAGUACGUGUUUCCGAUGAAGUGCGCUCGGGAUUACAGAAAGUAAAAGAGGCUCCAAAAGAGAUGAGGAGAAGGUUUGCUUCACAGUAA